AUGCCCGCCUCUACCCUCGACAUCCCGGCGUGGACGCCUCCCACCCCAACCCAGCAGAAGGACAUUGACUGGGCGCCCCUCCGUACCCUCGACCUGAGCAAGGUGACCGGCGACGACUUCACCGACGUCCCCGCCGACGUGGUGCAGGAGGUGGGCGACGCCUUCCACCGCGACGGCUUCAUCUACGCCGAGAACCACGGCUUGUCGUGGGACCAGGUGCUGCGCCAAUUUGCCAUUGGCCAGUACGUCUUCAACGGCGUAUCCGAGGAGGACAAGGCCAAGUUCAAGGCCGACAUCCUCGGCACCGGCAGCUUUGUCGGCUACAAGGAGCAGGGCCACUGGAAGCUCAACGGCAUCAAGGACCGCAUCGAGCAGCUCAACUUUGGCUCGCAGUCGUACAGCCCCGAGGCGAGGCAGAAGCUCUUCCCGCCCUCGAUCCAGGAGCUGCUGCCCGAGAUCGAGGCCUUCGCCGUCUACAACCACCGCGUCAUCCUGCGCAAGAUCCUCUCGGUCUUCUCGCUUGUCCUCAAGCUGCCCGCCGACACGCUGUGGAACCUGUCGCGCGACCCGGAGACAAAGGGCCUCGACCUCCUGCGGUACGCCAUGUACCACACGCCGCCCAAGGAGGACGACGCGGCGCUCGGCGGGGUCCGCCUGCAGGGCCACACCGACUUCAACAGCGUUUCGAUCCUCUGGAGCCAGCCCAUCACGUCGCUCGAGGUCCUGAUGCCCGACAAUGUGUGGCGCCUCGUCAAGCACCGCGACAAUGCCCUCGUCAUCAACGCCGGCGACGCGCUCGCCUUCCUCUCGGCCGGCUACCUCAAGCAGACGAUCCACCGCGUCGUCGCGCCGCCCGCCGACCAGGCGCACUACACCCGCCUCGGCAUCUUCUACUUCGCCCUGUUCAACGACGACGUGCCCCUCGAGCCGCUGCUCGAGUCCGAGGUGGUCCGCGAGGCGUACGCGGCGCGCGGCACGGGCUACUGGGACGACCGCAAGGCCCAGGGCCUUCCCGUCCCCACGGCCGGCGAGUGGGAGCGGCUCCGCGUCAAGGCCUAUGGCCAGAUGGGCGCCAAGAAGGGCGAUGACGGCCACGAUCACGAGGAGAUUGCCGGCCAGAAGAUCACGCUCUACAACGACACGAAGGCACCCUCGCAGCAGCAGCAGCAGCAGCAGCAGCAGCAGGCGGCCCAGCCGCGGGCGAUCCGCGCCUAG